AUGGCAUCAGCUAUAUAUUUACUUGACUUACAAUUGAAUUCCAUUCUUGAGCGACAGUAUAAGCAUGAUCUCAACUCACCAUUGGUAAUUGAAUACUUUCAGAAAGCGUUCAAUCUGUCCAAGAAUCCAGUGGUUUCUUACAACGGAAUCCAAUUUGUUUAUCUUCGACAUGAUGGAAUCUAUUUGAUGACACCCGUGUUCGAAGACUUGAAUGUUAUGUGCAUGAUGGCUUUCUUAUCGAAGUUAGGUAACCUUCUCAAUCUUUAUAUGAGGGGCAGUAUCACACCGGAUUCGGUUAAGGACAACCAUAUUUUGGUAUACGAGUUGUUUGACGAAACUCUUGAUUUUGGAAUCCCUCAGCUCACGGACUUCAAUAUAUUGAAAGAAUACAUAAAAGCAGAAACAGAAGAAGGUGAAGUGAAUUCAAGCAUAUCAAGAACAUCGACAAAUAAGAUAUCCUGGAGACCUAAAGGUAUCUUUUACAAUAGAAAUGAGAUCUUCAUCAAUUUCAACGAAACACUAAAGUUCAAAUAUAGCUACAAAACUAGACGCAUACUGUCAAACCACAUUCUUGGUGAGGUCGACUGCAAAUGCUAUCUCAGUGGAAUGCCAACCUUGAAAAUGGGGCUCAAUGAAAUAUUCAAAAAGGACGGACAAGACAAUAACUCUAUUUUCACGAAUCUUAACUUCCACCAGUCCGUUGUGUUGAGCGAUAUUCACGAUUACAUUACCUUUUUACCUCCUGACGGUUUGUUCAAGCUUUUGACUUAUCAAAUAUCAAACACAUCGGGACUAAAGCCAUUAAUUAUGGUGCGCCCAAAAUACAGGAUUUUCAAGAAAAACGGAACAUAUAGACUGAGAAUCAAGAUCGAGAUCAAAACUUCGUUCAAGAGGCGAUAUUCGCUCAGAAAUCUGAAGACACACAUACCUUUGGUUUUGCCGUUAGAGAAUUUGCGAAUCAAUUUUAAUCAACCUCUGAAGUUUAAGACCAAGAUGGGGUCUGUCAUACACAAUCUCGAAGAAAACUCGAUAGUAUGGUCCAUUUCAAAACUUGAAGGUAAUUCUGAGGGAGAAAUGCAGAGCGAAUUUGAAUUGUCUCAUCAGGAUACUAUACACCAACAGCAUCUGUUCAACACAUAUCAUCACAAACAAGAUAAAAAUGAUCUGAUUUAUUACGAUCUAAGUGAGGAAUUGAACAUACUGAAAGAAGAACAAGAGUUCAAAAAGAAUAACCCGUCAAUCAUCACUUUGGAGUUUGACUUGGCCUCCACGCUUUACAGCGAUCUGAAGAUCAACUACCUGAAGAUAGACGAGCCUCAGUUCAAGUUUCAGAGCUUUCCUUGGGUUAGAUAUAAUGUUGCGUGUCGCGAUGGCGAUUACUCGUUCGUACUUUCGAAUGACCAGUUCUCUAUCGAUCUGGACGAGAAUGAAUUGAAUGAGAUUGGGUUACAGCCAGAAAACACCGAAUCCGACGAUGUUUCGAAGGUUGACGAUAAUGAAAACGAAAGCCAUAUAGUCCAAACCAUGCUUAAGGAAGGUGCGGAAAGCCACGAAAGUGAGGGGUCGCGUGCCUCAUUGGAACGGGCCAAUGUGUUUGACUACGAGGAAUAUUUGGUUGAAGACAUUGCAACAGGAAAAGAAUCAAAAUCAGCCGACGAAAUGAACGAAACAGAUCAAUAUAGUGCCAUUACACAGAAUUAA